CUGGUUGGGCAGCAUGCCAGAGCUGCAUGAACCUACCAUGUUAACUAACUGACACGGUUUGGAAAACUCAAGCUCUCUGCCCAUUCAGCAAGGAAUAUUAUAGUAUUGUAAUGAAAUAUUGCUUGUGAAAUGGGUAGAACUAUCAUUUGUGAAAUGGGCUUUCUAUUAGGCCUAUUUGAUUAUUUGUGGAAUAUGCUCAUUUUUUUACCCUCCUUAACCAUGAGUCACCUCCAUCACACCUGUUGUGGAAGUGAAAAGGUAAUUAUUUUGCAGGUAGGCCACUAGAAAGGCUUAUUUGCGCACUUGUGAAGAGAAGACAAAAGAGAAGGGCUUUUUUGGAGUAGCCUAGGUCUACCACAAACCAGCAUGCUUACUUUGAAACCAGUGUGUUAGAUGCCUCAUGUUGAUGUCAACUGGACCAAUUAGAACUUGCUGGGAAACUGCUGGGAAUUCGAGGGAGUCUUUCGGCUACAAUCUCCUUAGCUAUACGCAGGCUACAGAGACUGCCUGUGCACAGGGACAGUGCAAACCAUUUAAGCUCACCUGUCACAGGAUUUUCCUGCCUAACAUGUUAGUAUCCAUUCCCCGCUGCCUAUCUAACCCAACUUACAGGUCUGUCUGCAUUACUGUCACAGCAAGCUGCUUCUGAUAGAAUGCAUUUUGAUGGCUAAGUCAUAAUGGAAGGUUAUCCUGAUGCUUUACUUGUGUUGUUUCUGAAACAAUAGGUGGAGAGAUGAAUGACAGUGAGACAUGUUUUGCUCUCUGAAUGAGUAAAGUUUGUCACAGAGGUGGAUUUGUGUUAUGUCAUAAGUAACCCUCUCUGGUUUCGUGAUGAAUUGGUCUAAUAAUCAGUCAUGGAAAACUCGAUGAAGGUCAGGCCCACAGUGGAUAGGAUUUUGUUUGCUAUGAUGAACAGGUUGAUUGCUUUGGCCUUGCGUGCUUUUCGCAGUUGUGGCAACAGGGAACGCCUCCAGUGCUGUGCGGUAGUGCUGUCAUGAUCACAUCACAGGGUUCCACUGCUCCACCACCUCUGCUGUUUUUGCAUUUUGUUAGAAUGUAAAAAAAAGCGUCGUCUUUAGCCUACACAACGAAAUGCCCAAUUUAAGCAAGACUGCUGAGAGGUCCCAGGCUACUGAGAGAAAAGGCCCCCCUGCAGAGGACACGACGAGUGGCAGUGGCGCACCAGACAGCCCUGACAGGGUGGCCAGGGUGAUGUUUCCCGAGGACCGGAACGAGCUGCCACCUCCGACCAUCCAGACCUACAGCUCCAACAAGGCACAGAUGCUGUCCAUGCCCCAGUUCGGUCUCCGUGACAACCUCAUCCGCUGCGAGCUCCAGAAGAGCGAGGCCUCCUACACCAACCUGCACAACUUCAGCUUCUUUUUGGGAACUUAUAAUGUGAAUGGUCAGACCCCCAAGGAGAGGUUAGGACCAUGGCUGUCCUCAACACCUGACCCCCCAGAUGUUUACUUUGUCGGUUUCCAGGAGCUGGACCUGAGCAAGGAGGCCUUUAUCUUCAACGACACGCCAAAGGAAUCGGAGUGGAUCAACGCUGUCAUUGAGGGACUCCACUCGGAUGCCAAGUACGCCUUUGUGAAGCACGUGCGUCUGGUGGGCAUCAUGCUGUUGUGCUUCGUCAAGACGGAGCACGCCGAGCACAUCCAGGAGGUGGAGGCUGAGACCGUGGGCACUGGCAUUAUGGGAAGGAUGGGCAACAAAGGGGGUGUGGCCAUCCGUUUCCGCUUCCACAACUCGGACAUCUGCGUGGUGAACUCCCACCUGGCGGCGCACAUUGAGGAGUACGAGCGGCGUAACCAGGACUACCGAGAGAUCUGCUCACGCAUGCAGUUCCACCAGCAGGACCCGGACCUGCCCCCGCUCACCAUACUCAAGCACAGUAUUGUUCUUUGGCUGGGAGAUCUGAACUACAGGAUCAGCAACCUCGAGGUGGAGCAGGUGAAGGACUUAAUAUCCAAGAAGGACUUUGAAACGCUGCAAGGAUAUGACCAGCUGAAGAGGCAGGUGGAUCAGGAGGCGGUGUUUGUGGGCUUCACGGAGGGAGACAUUGAUUUCCAGCCCACGUAUAAAUAUGACACCGGCUCCAGCCAGUGGGACUCCAGUGAGAAGUGCCGUGUGCCGGCCUGGUGCGACCGCAUCCUGUGGCGGGGGCAGAACAUCCGGCAGCUGCACUACGCCAGCCACAUGGCCCUCAAGACCAGCGACCACAAGCCCGUCAGCUCCCUGCUGGACAUCGGGGUCAAGGUGGUGGACGAGGAGAAGCAGAAACGCGUAUUCGAGGACAUUGUGAGGAACAUAGACAGAUGGGAGAAUGAGUGCAUUCCCUCUGUGUCCUUGUCGCAAACAGAGUUUCACUUCAAAGAUGUGAAGUUCAUGCAGCACCGCGUCGAAAAGCUGACCAUCCACAACGACGGCCAGGUGCCGUGCCAGUUCGAGUUCAUCCAGAAGCUGGACGAGCCGGCCUACUGCAAGGCCUGGCUGACCGCCAACCCCCACAAGGGCUUCCUGGCACAGGGGGCGAGUGUGGAGGUGGAGCUGGAGGUGUUUGUGAACCGCUUCACGGCGCCGGAGCUGAACUGCGGCCGGCAGCAGCUGGAGGACAUCCUGGUGCUGCACCUGGAGCGGGGCAAGGACUACUUCAUCUCCGUCAUGGGCAACUACCUGCCCAGCUGCUUCGGCACCUCCAUACGCACCCUCUGCCACCUGCGCGAGCCCAUACAGGCCAUGCCCAUCGACACCAUUCAGAAACUGACAUCGUUGUCAGCAGGGGAAGAGUUGUCCAGUAGUCCUGUGGUCGAGCCGCCCAGGGACACUCCCAAGGAGAUCUGCAUGAUGGUGCAGCACCUCUACCGCAACGCCAGCAAGCAGGAGGAUCUGUUCCAGCAUCCAGGCCUCCGCAACGAGUUUGAGGAGAUCCGGGAUUGCCUGGACACAGGGGAGCCAGACUCCAUCCCUGGAAGUAACCACUCUGUGGCGGAGGCCUUGCUCCUCUUCCUCGAUGCCCUUCCCGAGCCUGUGGUCCCCUACCAUUACUACAAGCAGUGCCUGGACUGCAGCUCCGACUACAGCCAGUGCAAACAGGUGAUUGACACGCUACCUCAGUGCCACAAAAAUGUGUUUAUGUCGUUAACGGAGUUCCUGCGAGGACUGCUGAAGCACUCUGCCUGCAACCGCCUGGAUGUCAACAUCUUAGCCACCAUAUUUGCUGCCUUGAUGCUGAGGUCACCAACGAAGCAAGAUAUCAUCCAAAAGCGGAAAAUACAAGAAUUUUAUCAGCAUUUUUUGACCCAGGAUCUCAAUCUGUAGUGCCCCUAGUUUAUUUCUUUGCCUUUUUUUUUUAGCUGAAUGAAUCGUUAUGCUUUCAUGCAUAUGUUAUACAGUAUGUAAUGUAUAUGUCUCUUGAAUGGACUUGAAUUGUCCAUGAUUUGAAGCUAUGUACUGCAAAAUGAUGUUUUUAGCUGUUGCAAACAGCUUUUAUUUUAUUACAGUGUAGAAAGUGCCUAAUGUAUAUUUACCAGCUAUUUAAUGAUCCGAUGUAUUUGUAUUUUGAUGCCUGUAAAUACAAAACCAACUACACUUUUAUAUUCAUGUAUAAAUAAUUGUGCAUAAUUCUGUCAUGUUGAGAAUUAUUUUUCCCAAUGUGGAAUCACUAAAAAAAAUAUUUUAAGUGAA